AUGGAGGCCUUUCUGGGCACCUGGAAGGUGGAAUCAAACAACGACUUCCACAAAUUCAUGCAUCACUUUGGUGUGCCUAGUCCAAUUGCGAAGCUGGUUCUGCAAUUUGGCUCAACAACAACAUUUUCGCAGAAAGACACAGACACGUACAACAUCUCCGUCGCCUCCGUAAGGGGAAAGACCGAGGCAACCUUCCGAUUGGGCGAGGAGUUCGAGGAGGCAUCCUCCGGUGGCACUCUCAUGAAGGCAAUCAUGUUACGCAAUCAAUACUUUGUUUUUUUCCCCAUCAAGUCGAAGAUUGGCGUUGAGGAUGGUGUGAUGAAGCAUCUUCAGGUGGGUGACGGCGAGACUAUCACAACCACUCGCACUGUCAAUGGAGACGUGAUGACCGCGGUCUACACGGUUGGCGAUCUCACCUGCUCGCGAACGUACAAACGAGUGAACGUACCCUAUCUUGCCAUGCCUUAUCCGGUCGCCUGUUGCUGCCGUGGGACCGAUCCACCGACCGACGGCAGAGUGCGACGAGGCGGUGGAUUUGACAACAGUCAGAGAGUUGGGCAGACGGACACGCGGGUGGAAAAGCAGCAGGCUUCUUCUUCUUAG